GUUCGAGUUACCACUAUGGAUGCGGAGCUGGAGUUUGCUAUCCAGCCCAACACUACCGGCAAACAGCUAUUUGACCAGGUGGUUAAGACAAUAGGCUUGCGUGAAGUAUGGUACUUUGGUCUUCAGUAUAUGGACAACAAAGCAUUUCCGACUUGGCUGAAACUUGAUAAAAAGGUCUCUGCUCAGGAAGUCAAAAAGGAAAAUCCCCUCCAGUUCAAAUUCCGUGCCAAGUUCUUCCCUGAAGAUGUGUCUGAGGAGCUGAUCCAGGACAUCACCCAGAAGCUGUUCUUCCUGCAAGUGAAGGAAGGGAUCCUCAGCGAUGAAAUCUACUGCCCACCUGAAACAGCAGUUCUUCUUGGCUCGUAUGCUGUGCAAGCCAAAUUUGGAGACUACAAUAAAGAAUUACACAAGUCUGGGUACCUCAAUUCAGAACGCCUGAUCCCUCAACGAGUAAUGGACCAGCACAAACUUUCCAGAGAGCAGUGGGAAGAACGGAUUCAGGUCUGGCAUGCUGAACAUGGUGGAAUGCUCAAAGAGAAUGCAAUGCUGGAAUAUCUAAAGAUUGCCCAAGACUUGGAGAUGUAUGGAAUCAACUACUUUGAAAUCAAGAAUAAGAAAGGAACAGACUUGUGGCUGGGAGUAGAUGCACUGGGCCUGAAUAUUUAUGAGAAGGAUGAUAAAUUGACCCCAAAGAUUGGCUUUCCCUGGAGUGAAAUCAGAAACAUCUCUUUCAAUGACAAAAAGUUUGUUAUAAAACCUAUUGACAAGAAGGCACCUGACUUUGUGUUCUAUGCACCUCGUCUAAGAAUUAACAAGAGGAUCCUGCAGCUGUGCAUGGGUAACCAUGAGCUGUACAUGCGCCGCAGGAAGCCUGACACCAUUGAGGUCCAACAGAUGAAAGCCCAGGCCCGUGAGGAGAAACACCAGAAACAGUUGGAGAGGCAACAGUUAGAAAGUGAAAAGAAGAAGAGAGAGACCAUUGAAAAAGAGAAGGAGCAGAUGUUGAGGGAGAAAGAGGAGCUGAUGUUGAGACUGCAAGAGUAUGAACUAAAGACCAAGAAGGCUGAGAAAGAGCUCUCAGAUCAGAUCCAAAAAGCUAUGCAGCUUGAGGAGGAGAGGAGGCGAGCAGAGAAGGAAGCUGAACGUCUGGAGGCCGAGCGCUUGGCUGCUCUCCAAGCCAAGGAAGAGCUGGAGAAGCAAACUGUUGACCAGAUGAAGAGCCAGGAACAGCUGGCUACAGAACUUGCAGAAUAUACAGCCAAGAUUGCUCUUCUGGAAGAGGCAAGGAAGCGUAAAGAGAAUGAGGUUGAAGAAUGGCAACACAGGGCCAGGGAAGCCCAAGAUGACCUAGUGAAGACAAAAGAAGAGCUACAUUUGGUAAUGACUGCCCCACCUCCACCGCCAGCCCCUGUCUAUGAGCCAGUGAAUUACCAUGUCCAUGAUAACUUGCAUGAUGAAGGAACAGAAUAUUCAGGCUACAGUGCAGAGUUCUCAAGUGAAGGCAUCUUGGAUGAUCGCAAUGAAGAGGAACGCACUACUGAAGCAGAGAAGAAUCAGCGUGUUCAGAAGCAGUUGAUGACCCUGACAGAUGAGCUGGCCCAGGCCAGGGAUGAAAACAAGAGAACCCACAACGACAUGAUCCACACAGAAAACAUGCGACAGGGACGUGACAAGUACAAGACGCUGAGGCAGAUCCGACAGGGCAACACCAAGCAGAGAAUCGAUGAAUUUGAGGCCAUGUAA